UCUAAAGGUGGGGGGAGGGGGCGGGGCCGGGCGCGAGAGAGGGAGGGAGGCGCGCGCAGGCUGGACCCGUCAUUCGGUGCUUGGCUGACGGCUGAGGCGACUUCGUGAGGCGGGCAGGAAACACUUCGCAUCCUACAUGAACUACGAAAAUCCUCCACCAUAUCCCGGCCCGGGCCCUACUGCCCCGUACCCACCAUAUACCCAACAGCCAGGAGGACCCCCAGCUCCCGGCCCGUACCCUGGCUACCCACCGGGGCCUACGGGGCCAUAUCCAGCACAGGGGCCAUAUCCAGCACCUGAGCCAGGCUACCAAGGAUAUCCACAGUAUGGUUGGCAGAAUGCUCCUCCACCUCCCGGGCCAGUCUAUGCAGAUGGACCUAAAAACACAGUGUACGUUGUGGAAGAG